GUAUGCAAAGGGGCGGGAUGUCGGUUGCGGCUGCGCAGUGCGCACCAGUAGCCGGCGAGCGAGCACGUUGUGAAAGUGCUUGUCUGACUUACUCCGCGUCGUUAUUCAAACACAACUUUGGCUCCGAACAACUACUCGAUAAAUCACCAAACUCUGAGCUCCAGUGAGUAAAGAAGAAGAAAUGGUGAUGGAGAAGCCAAGUGCCCAGCUGGUCGGGCGAGAGUUUGUCCGACAGUACUACACGCUGCUCAACCAGGCGCCCGACUACCUGCACAGGUUCUACGGGAAGAACUCGUCGUACGUCCACGGCGGCUUGGACGCCAGCGGCAAACCUCAGGAGGCGGUGUACGGCCAGUCGGACAUCCACAAGCGCGUCAUGGCACUGAGCUUCCGCGACUGCCACACAAAGAUCCGCCACGUGGACGCUCACGCCACGCUCAAUGAGGGCGUGGUAGUCCAGGUGAUGGGAGAACUGUCCAACAACAUGCAGCCCAUGAGGAAGUUCAUGCAGACCUUCAUCCUGGCACCAGAGGGGACCGUCGCCAACAAGUUCUACGUGCACAAUGAUGUCUUCCGCUACCAGGAUGAAGUCUUUGCUGACUCUGAUUCUGAAGCACCCGAAGAGUCUGAGGAUGAGGUGGAGGAGAUGGAGCGUGUGCCCUCACCUGACGUCCUGCCUGAAGAGCCCACUUCCUUCUACGAGCCUCCACCUUGUUCUGAAGCAGCACUUCCUGCUGAAGACGAGGAUGAGGCGGUGCCGGCGAGUCCUGAACCAGAACCCGAAGGGGACAAGGGGCCGGACAGCGCUGUGGUGGAUCUGAAAGUGGACGCCGCGCUGGAGACACCAAGUGAGACGCCCGCAGCCAAUGAGCAGACAGAGAAAAGCCCCGCCCCCAACGCCGUCACGGAACCUGCCGCCGCCGCUGAACCCGCCCCUGUCGCCCCAGAGGAAAACCGGCCCUUCUCCUGGGCGUCUGUGACCAGUAAGCACCUCCCGCCCAGUGGGGUCGUCCCCGUCUCAGGAAUCCCACCUCACGUGGUUAAAGCCACGCCCACAGCACCGGCCCAAGCGGAGGUGAAGUCCGACUCCCAGACGGCGUCCCAGAGACCGCAGAGAGACCAGCGUCCCCAGAGAGCAGAGACCACCCGCCCCUGGGGGCCCACCUCCCGAGGACCUCGACCCGGUAGGUGCACACACGCCCACACAGGAAGUGACACGACAACUGAGCCAGGUGGUGUUUCAGUGCGUGAGGGCGAGCAAGGUGAGGUGGAAGGUCGAAGGAUGGUCCGCUACCCCGACGCCCACCAGGUCUUUGUGGGCAACGUCCCCCACGACGUGGACAAGAGCGACCUGAAGGAGUUCUUUGAGCAGUACGGCACGGUUCUGGAGCUGCGGAUCAACAGCGGAGGAAAACUUCCCAACUUUGGCUUUGUGGUCUUUGACGACUCCGAGCCGGUCCAGAAGAUCCUCAGCAGUCGGCCCAUCAAGUUCCGUGGUGAAGUGCGCCUGAACGUGGAGGAGAAGAAGACCCGCAUGGCCCGGGAAGGGGACAGGCGGGACAUCAGGCCUCGCGGCCCAGGAGGACCCGGCGGUCCCAGAGAACGCAUCGGAGGCGGCGGACCUCGAGGCCCCCUCCCCCGCGGAGGAGCCACACAGAAGCCCAGUUUCGGUUCCGGUCGGGGCGCGGGACCCAGCGAGGGACGCUACUCGUCUCAGCGUCAGUGAUGUUGGAGUCCUGCAGUGGAACCAUUGGACUUGACCAAAUUCUCUCCUUUAGUUGACUCACUGUCCGGUCCCAUGGCCCCGCCCCCUGGCCGGCUGAUGACUUCUGGGACUUUUUUGUUUAUCCAAGCUGAACUCGGAAGUGGACUUGAAGAGAACUUUUGGUUCUUUUUUUCUCUUUCUCCACAAGGACGUCGACCCGAGGUGACCUCCUUCCUCCUUUUAGACGAGCACCACUCCUUCUUCGCCGCCGUGUCGCCUCAACGCCACGCCACUAAAUUAAAGUCAUUUACUGUUUUAAA